AUGGAUACAGAAGGGGAAGAGCAACAGGAUGAGGGGUGGCCGGAUGCCAUUGUGGUUGUGAUGGUUCAGUUCCUGCUUGGCAUUGCUAUAGCCACAGGAGCGGUGCCCCCAAAGGUCCUUGGCAUGCAAGCCCGUGGUGCUGAAACAAUAGGCAUCGUUGUGCUUCUGACCGUCACAGGGGCCAGUGCCUUCACCAUACGCGACCGGCUUGGAAGACAUGACAUGGAGAGCAGAGAGUAUAUUGUGACUGUGCUGGCACCGAUUGUGACAAGACUCGAUCUUGGUUUGCUGAUUUGGACCAACCUCAACAAAGCGCUCGUGUGGGCGGAGCAGGUGGUGUUCAUGGCGGAAGCGGAGGAGCUGAGCAACAAGUUGUUGAACACGGCGUCUUGGGUGUGGCAUGAUGGGGAGGACAGAAUACAGGACCCAGAAUUUGGUAUGUGGGGUGGCGAUGCUGCAACACUGAUGUACCGUGUGCUGGAAGCAUUUAACCCUAUGACGGCGCUCAGCAACGUGACAGCUCUGCUGGGCCAUGUCACUCUCUGGCCAAUAGCGGCGUUGCUGUUCUUGGCGCUCCAGAUUGUGUCCAUUGUGGGGUGGUUGCUCUUCUGGAUGCUGGCACAGAUUGCUAGGCUGACAGGGAGAUAUACAGAGAGCAAGGACCCCCAGAAAAGGGUAGGUGCAUGGAGGAUUAAGAAGAGGACAACGGUGUAUCAGUACCUGGUUGGGAGGCAGGCCGCGCAGAAGAACGCCCUGUACAUACGGCAUGAAGUUGCUUGGCUGGCGGACUCGCAGAUGCACAAGAUUAAUGGCGACAAGCGGCGUCUUCGAUACACUUGGGCGAUGCUCGCUGGUGUAGACGCGCGCGCAGGACACCCACACUUCCACAAACUUUUUCAGAUCAAUUACCCUAUGAGAGCAAACAGAGUGCUGAAUCGCGCAAGCGUGGAUCAAACGUGCAACGACGUUCUAACGUUGCUGAAUCGGGAACAGAUCCUGUACCCAAAUCUGCCGGACAAGCCGUUGUCUGGCAUAGGAGAGCCGGCCUCCAGGCAGGUGGUCUUGUACCGUGCAAUGGCGUGGCCAGAAGUUGAUGACGAGGCCAGGGCCACCGUGGAACGUGCUGUAAGGUUGGCUGAAAUAAACACACAGGAAUGGCGCAUUAUUGGGUCUUCACUCACCAAGGUAGAGCAAGGGCUGUUUAGCACUUUCAAGGACAUACUGAGAAGGUGGCUCGUUCAGAUUCUCAUGAUUGUGUGGUGUGACGGAGCCGCUGAAGCCCGCCACGAUGGUGUGACCGACGUUCCUUUAGAUCUGGCACAGAACUAUGAACACAAAGGGUUGAAUGGAAUAGAGCUGGGGAUGAGGAUUUUAGGAAAGCGCCCAGCCUGGGUCCGUAACCACGAGUAUGGUUUUCUUUCCAUGAUAGGCUCGCUGGUGUGGAGACCCCCAAGCUGCAGUUGGAACUUAUGCACCGAAAUGGAUCAAAGAGACAAGCUUCCUGAUAAGAGGUACCAGCAGACUCCGAGCGUGGCUGAGUUACGUGACCAAUUGACAGCUGUGAAUUGCCAGAGGGCGGCCGGUCUCUGCACAGCGUGGCACAAAGGCGUGGUUAUGUGGCUGCGAUAUGUCUAUGAAGGGAAGGAGUGGGGACGCAAGCGGCCGGCUACACCACCAAAAGUGAUUGUGAGGACGCCUCGGAGGAGGAGAUCAAAGGAGCUCCUCUAA